AUGGGGCGUCCGUUGCUGCUGGUGGGGUCCCUGACUGUGGCUUUGGCUGCGUCUGUGCUGCUGGCGCUGCCGUCCGCGGUUCGAGGCACGCCUAUCGUUGAGUCUGCCUACAGCAGGGUCGCGCACAGUGGUCCAGCGCGCCUGCUCUCAGCCAGGGAAGGAGGAGACCCCGCGUCGGCUGGACUGGCAGAGCUGCAGCCUCCACCCCAACAGCCUGAGCAGAUAGUUAGCAGCUACAGCCCGUAUAGAGGCCCGUACUAUGUCCACGCACAAAGCCGUUACUACCCCGACCGGGCUGCCAAGCUGACGGGCAGCGAGAUGACAUCCAGCGAUCCAAACAGCGACACAGAAGGUCAGGAUGAAGGUGUGGGCGGCGCCAGAGUAUACGACAACGCCGCCUACCGACACUCUCCAUCUCACGGCAACGUCGCGUCGCAUCUGAAGCAGCAGGUCUCCCACGAAUCGGAGUCCGCGAAGUAUUCGUUCGGAUCAGACUCCGGCGCACACAAGCAGCUGGCCAGCAGAAAUUUAGCCGAUGUGGCGGGAGACGGUACACAAGACGACGCCUCGCAGGUCUCUGGUGGUUACGGAUACUCGCCCAGCAGGCACCAACUCAGAACACAGGAGCAGAACUCUGCCAGCGGUGACGGCGGCCAGAGUAUGGACGGCCUCACUCCCCCGUCUGAAUCUUAUCCACCGACGUACUGGGAAGGCGAGAGCUACACAGAGGACAGUGAAGAGGCAAGCGAAACCGAGGUCAACGGCGGCUCGCCGGAGGAUCCAGAGGGCGAUAACCCACUAGAACACUCCCGCUCGAAGGUGAAAAAUGAUGAAGUACCCACGUAUGCCGAUAACAACAGCAACAAAAUUAACGACAGAUCGCAUAGUGUUGAUGCGCAACAGUAUGACAACAACGAUAACGAUGUCGAUGAUGACAGCUACAACGAGAGCGACAACGAUGAAGACGACGCUGACGACAACGACAACAACGACAAUGAUGAUGACAACGACGGUGCCAGCGAAGACGACGACGACAGUGACGUGGCUCAUAGGCAAGUUACGACGCGGCCGGUGCCGUCAAGUGAUGUUUCUUCUUCAACAGCUCGCCAAGAAGCUGGUCAGCGGUCAGCUUCCGACCGCAAAGGAAACGAUAGGGAACGGAAGGAGGAGUCUGAACACCAAAAAGAUCACUCUAAGAAAGACCUGGAGGGGAGCCGACUGAACAGGCCGUCGUACGUGCCAUACUAUGGACUGGGACGCAAACUUUGGUACGUUCCCCUGUGGUUCAGCGUAUACUACAUAAUAUACCUGACGUCACUUGUCAUAAAAUCUAUCUCCAGACACAAGAUAGAGUACCCAGAGACCGAGAAGCACCAUGGCUGGGACAAGAGGUCACUGGCCGACGCGGUCGGCACUGUUCUGGCUAGGACUGUGCACAGAGCCCUGCGGGCGGCCGCCUCCAAAUACGACUGAAUCACGUAUUUGGUGAAAUAUCUCUUGAACUGUGAAAG